CAUUUAAAAAAUUAGACAUUCUUGGAUUUGUUGCUUAACAUUAACUGGUAUGGUUUUAGAAUGAAAUAUUAUUGUACUGGAAUUUAUAAGGAGCUUAAUACUGGGCAAGUUAAGAGAAUGUUUUCAGGGACCAGGAUAUAUAUUGCAAAUUCAAAACCUGUAGAAAAUGUAGAAAAACAUGUCUUUAUUGCAAACUAAACUUUCCCAAUAUUUUUCUUUGGAUUAUUUAAGGUAUUUAGGAUAUGUACUUUGCUUUUAAAGUCUUUCAAUUUUUAUUGGUAUACAAAUAACUUUCCAAUGCUUAAGUUUCCAGUUUUCUUUUUUAAAUCAUUCCUUUUUUAAACAGUUUCUUUUACUCCUUGAAACUAAACACAGUUAUUUGAUUAGUUGGUGCUAGAAUUUGACCUGGAGCUUAUAUAAUUAGAAGAGACUCCAGUUUUCCUCAUUUAAAAGCCUAGUUAGCAUAUGACAGUCUCGUUCUGGGGAAGUCAAACCUCUACUGCUUUUUAUAACCUUUAAGUUAAUUCAGAAUCCAGAUAAGCCUUGAUCUGAGGAUGAUAUAACCACAGCAAGCAACAUGGGGUAGAACCUCUAGAGAAAGCAGGAAGACUUCACAAAAUAUGAUGUGAUGUCUACUGGUGGAGACAGGCCACGAGGUCCGGGGGAGAAGGGGUGGCCUGAUCCAGGGACAAUGAAGAUGAUGUGAUGUUGAAGAAUAAGCUGGAGGAGAGAAGCAACAGGCACCAUGGAAAAGACUAAAACGAAGCAAGGAGAGAAUGAACAUAUGCCGAUGAAUAAUCCUUCCACACAGAUUUACCAGUUGCAGGCCCUAGCCUCUGAACUAAAAACUGGUUUCACGGAAGCAAUGCAAGAACUGUCAAGAAUUCAACAUGGAGAAUAUGCUUUGGAAGAGAAGGUUAAGAGCUGCAAAUGUUCCAUGGAAGAAAAAGUUACUGAGAUGAAGAAUUCAUUAAACUAUUUCAAGGAAGAGCUGAGCAAUGCUAUGUCAAUGAUUCAGGCCAUCACUUCCAAACAAGAAGAAAUGCAACAGAAAAUUGAACAGCUUCAACAGGAGAAGCGGCGAGAAUCCCGAAAAGUUAAAGCUAAGAAAACUCAAAAAGAAGAACAUGGACCCCAGGCUGGGCCAGCUCAGGCGCAAGGAAGUCCCUUCAGUUCCAUCAACAUCCCUGAGCCUGUCCUUCCCAGUGAAGACUUUACAAACCUUCUGCCUUCUCAGGCCUAUGAAAAAGCCCAGGAACCCAGAUCCAUGCAUGUAGCAGACAGUAAUAUGAAGGGAAUGAUGGGGCCUGGAAUGAAUCCAACAACUCCAGAAGCAGAAGAAAACCUUAAGUCUUGUCUCUCAGCUGAUAUCCAACCCAAAGGCCAUCUGCCGUCUGCUGUGUGGAGGCAGCCUAAGGAUGGUAAAGAAUGGGGCGAGGAGUACGUCACGAAAGACCACCCAGAUAAACUCAAGGAGGCUGGCCAGGGCAGACACAGCUCCUUGGAAAAUGCUCUCUGUGAGACCUCUUUAGCUGCUAAAAGACAGACUGUGGCUCUAGAACUGCUUGAAUCAGAAAGAAAAUAUGUCAUUAACAUCUCUCUGAUCCUGAAGAUCAAGGCAACAUUCCAGGGGUCAGAUGGAAAGAGGAAUUCCAAAGAGAGAAGCCUCUUCCCUGGCUCUUUACGGUACCUUGUCCAGCAGCACCUGGAUUUGCUUCAUGCUCUGCAGGAAAGGGUCCUGAAGUGGCCACGUCAAGGAGUCCUUGGAGAUUUAUUCCUGAAGUUAACAAAUGAUGAGAAUAAUUUCUUGGAUUAUUAUGUUGCCUACCUGAGGGACCUGCCUGAAUGCAUCUCUUUGGUUCACAUUGUUGUUCUGAAGGAGGGUGAUGAAGAGAUUAAAUCUGACAUCUACACACUAUUUUUUCACAUAGUCCAGCGCAUCCCUGAAUAUCUGAUACAUCUGCAGAAUGUCCUGAAGUUCACAGAGCAGGAACACCCUGACUAUUACCUACUUCUUGUGUGUGUUCAGCGCCUUCGAGUAUUUAUCUCACACUACACCCUGCUGUUUCAAUGCAAUGAGGACUUGCUUAUUCAGAAACGGAAAAAGCUCAAGAAGUCAUCCAUGGCGAAGCUGUACAAAGGCCUGGCUUCCCAGUGUGCAAAUGCUGGGCAAGAUGCUUCCCCCACUGCAGGCCCCGAGGCCGUUCGUGACAGUGGGAUCCACUCAGACGAGAUGCUGCAACCCUACCCUUCUGCUCCCAGUUCUGGCCCUGCUGUCACACAUUUGAUGCCCCCAGUGAAGAAAAGCCAACAGCAAAGCCUGAUGGAGAGCAUGCAGCCCGGGAAGCCCUGUGACUGGGAGAUGGAGGGCAGAAAGCACGAGAGGCCCGAGAGCCUCCUGGCGCCGGCGCAGUUCUGUGCGGCCGAGCAGGACGUGAAGGCGCUCGCCGGGCCCCUGCAGGCUAUCCCGGAGAUGGACUUCGAGCCCUCGCCCGCCGAGCCGCUGAGUAACGUGGAGCGCUCCCUGCGCGCCCCGGCCGAGCUCCUGCCCGACGCCCGCGGCUUUGUGCCGGCGGCCUACGAGGAGUUCGAGUACGGCGGUGAGAUCUUCGCGCUGCCCGCGCCCUACGACGAGGAGCCGUUCCAGGCCCCGGCCCUCUUCGAGAACUGCUCGCCCGCCUCCUCCGAGUCCAGCCUGGACAUCUGCUUCCUGCGGCCCGUCAGCUUCGCCCUGGAGGCCGAGCGGCCCGAGCACGCGCUGCAGCCGCUGCCCAAGAGCGCCACGUCGCCGGCGAGCAGCAGCGGCGCCUACAAGCUGGAGGCGGCGGCGCAGGCGCACGGCAAGGCCAAGCCGCUGAGCCGCUCGCUCAAGGAGUUCCCGCGCGCGCCGCCCGCCGAGGGCGUGGCCCCGCGCCUCUACAGCACGCGCAGCAGCAGCGGCGGCCGCGCGCCGCUCAAGGCCGAGCGCGCCGCGCCGCCGCACGGCCCAGCCGCCGCCGCCGCCGCCGCCGCCCGCGGCGCGCCCAGGACCUUCUUCCCCCAACAGAGGUCCCAAAGCGAAAAGCAGACCUAUUUGGAAGUAAGGAGGGAGAUGCACUUAGAAGACGCCACCAGAUUCUGUCCCAAGGAAGAAAGAGAAAGCGAGCAGACAUCUUUCAGCGAUCAAAACCCCAGGCAAGACCAGAAAGGGGGCUUUCGCAGCUCCUUCCGCAAGCUCUUUAAAAAGAAGUCCAGUGGAUCAGAAUACAGGGAAAAAACUAAUGAGAAUCCCUCAAUGGAUCCUUCACCCACCAAACAAGAUUUCUUCCGAAACCGACUUGCUCUUGCAAAUGACCUUGACCAAGGAACAGCUGUGUAAAACACACUUAAAGUUGUAUUGUCAAGUGGUAAGGUGAGGAUGAAAAGCUUGUAUAUAUCUGUGUAGGAAUAUAUAUAUUGAUGUAUAAAUCCCUGAGGAAAACUAAUAUAAAUACUUACAUAUGAAAUUAAAUCAACAUACAAGACAUUGAAGAGAUGAAGAUUAGUCUAUGCUUAAGAGCUGGCUUUUGAACCUCAACACUUGGGAAGAGGGAAAUGAAGACUUUUCACAGCAUUACAGAAAAACACAAAUUUGGAGGAAAAUAAACCUUCAUAAGAACAAACAUUCCUACCUUGAAGUCAUUCCCCCAGUAUAAUAGCCCCAGUAUAAUAUUGAGCAUGUAAUAUGGAUGUGAAUUUUAUGCUUCCUAGGCAUUUAGCUUAUUAAUUCAUCCCGGUGUUCUUAGACUAACACUAUGUUAGAGGCCAGUUUUGUCCUGCCAUGUGUCUUCCCCAAACCCCAAGGCCAUACCUAACGUCCCUUACAGCAAAAGAUCAAUUAAUAGAACUGUAUGUUACAAGUAGCAAAUCUGAAUUGUAGAGAAUUUGUCCUCAAACCACGAUAGAGAAGGUUCAAAGCUUAGACACAUUGAUCUUCAGCCAGGAAAAGAACCCUAAGAGUAGUAGUUCUCUUCUUGUUGUAUGGUUCUGAAAAUCAGUACAGGGAACACUAAUUGCUCUCAAACCUGGGGCCCAAAGAACCUUUCCCUCAUGUAGGUUGUGCUGUAGAUGGGAACAGUUCAGAGUCUGUGUUUUACUGAGUACUCCGUAUUCAAAGGUCCAUUAGGGAUCCUGAGUGUCACAUACACUCAUGACCAGAUAGACUGGGAAGAAAAGCGCUGAUUUCAGUACAUCCUCUUACAAAGGAAUUCUUGAAUCUGGGAAGAAGGUGGCAACAUCAGUGCUUUAACCUCAACAUAGGGGUUGCUACAGGUACCAGGUCAGAAUGAAACCUUAGGUCUGGCAGUACCUUAUUCCAUUUUAUAGAAUUAAAUUGUAAAGGAAGUUCUUACAGCUCAGAGAGAGCUAUCACUGAAAUAAGGCUUACCUGGCUCUGAGGUAAUAGAAUGUGCUCUGUUUCCAUGUGUCUAUCUCCCACAUGGUCUGUAUUCUUAACAUGCCCGAAAUACCAGAAUCAUAACAGAAAAAAAUCAGGUUUUAACAAUUUGUCUCUAUUGCCAGGCAGUUAUCUGUAAUACAUUAGGAGCAUUUAAGUGCUGUUCAUCAAAAUCUUGGUAUUCAAACUGACUUCUUCAGAGGCCAUUCCUCUAGUAAUGCAUUGUUUGAUAAAUCAGGGGAAGUUGCACUUUAAGUGUUACCAGUUUUCUUCUAUUUCUCCGGUGACUAGGAUCUCAUCCAGUAGCAUUCUGAACAGUAAGUGAUCUUGAACACUUAGGGGAUAGCUGCCAAAUUUCUAGUUUCCCACACUGAAGCUUAAGCUUCUCCUUUUCCUGAGAUUAAUGAAUUAAUGAAACAUUAGAUUUCUGUUCUCAGGCUAAAGAAGUUUUGGGGGCAGUACUUGAAAGCACAAUGCCAAAUUGGACAUGUAAAGUGAAAAAGAAGUCACAAUCUCUUAAAUAAAAUGUAAAAAACAAGAAAGCUUAUUUCUCUUACAUUGUUUAUCUUAAAAAUGAUCAAUUACUGGGAAGGUAUCA